AUGGCGGCAGCUCCACCAGCCUGCGCUUCGGCGGUGGCCGCGGGCGUGCAGCCCGGCGAAUUCAUCGGUGCGCAGUACAACGUUGGUGGCCGCCCCAUCAUCAACGAGCUCAUCGUGGUCUUGCUGAGUCCUGGGCAGCAGGGUGCCGCCAGCAUCGUGACCCCCGACGAAGACGAUUACAAGGAGCUGUACGUCGGCACGGCCGACUUGCUGCGCUGGGACGUCUUGCCUGGUGGUGCCACGGGUGGGGUCAUGCCAUGGGCUGUGGGUGCGCGUUGCUACCAGUCCUGCCACCUGCCGAUGCCCGCCGCGCUACUUGCGGCUGCCACGGCCGCGGACGCGCGUGCUGAACGCGGGGUCGCCGGCCUGAUCGCGGCCUUGGGCGGGCCCGCUGCGGCGCCUGGGGCCCCGGCGCCGCUGGCGGCCCCGCCCCUGGCUGCGGCCGCCGCGGCUGGGGCCCUCCUGCCAGCGCCGGCCGCGCCGGCGCCCGCACCCGCGGCCGCGGCGCCCCCCGCGGCGGCCGACGCCCGCAUCCAGCCGAUGGCCUACAACGCACUGAGCGCUCGCUUGCUUAGCUUCGGUAAGCUCUUGGCACGAUUUCGCGAUCACCAGCGGAGCGAUUGGCACAUCCUGGGCCCCAGGACGACUUUGCGGGCACGCCUCUUCGUCCUUGACGACAGGCUGACGCCCCUCGGCCGCCGCUCCAAGUGGAGAUCCGAGGGGCGCCUGGCGGCGAUGGAUGCUCGGGUAACCGAUCAUGAGAGAUGUUGCUUCUACCUCGAGCAGAGGGCGCGCUUCGAUCAGCCGAACGCGCCGGGCGUCGCUUCGGACGAGAUGGCGCGUCGCGGCAUCCAGGCGGCCCGGCAGCGCAGCCGCCGCUCCGACUUCUUCCUGCCCGGGGCCAACGACGGGGCGGACGUUCUCUCAAUUGCCUCCGCGGUCACUCGGGCGGGACCCACCUGGUACCAUCCUAACAUCGGCCAGCAGUCCAGCUCGAAGUUUUUGGAAGACUGGCACCUGGGCAGGGGCGCGAUGCCUGGCGAGCCCGGCUCUGCUGAAAAAGACUUCGACUAG